GCCAGUUCACUUGGUGAGCUCGGCCGGACUGGUUCUGAUCUCGGAGCAUCUGUCUCAGAUUGGUUUUAUUCAGUACGCAUUUAUUUAAUGCAUAUUUAUGUGAUUUUUUAAUAAUUUUAUGCGUGUGCUCUGUUCUUAGAAUAUAAUGAAACUAAAAGUGCUUUUAUCAAAGUUAUUGUUCUUGAGUGUGUUCUUCACGAGGUUAUCAAGAACACUGGCCGAAUGCACACCCAAUCAGUUCGAGUGCGACAACGGGAGCUGCAUCUCCCAGUACGAUGCUUGCAAUGGCGUAAAAAACUGUCCGGAUGGCUCCGACGAAACCGUAAUGAUGUGCAUCGCCCAGGCGCAGCACUGCACCAAGCCGUACUUCCUGUGCACCUACGGAGCCUGUGUCAUCGGAACAGCGCCCUGCAAUGGGAUUCAAGAAUGUGCCGACAACUCGGACGAGACCCGGAUGCGUUGCAGCAACGAAGACGAACUGCGUCAAUACAAUCGCAUCCUUCAAGGUAAUUGCCAGGAAACCGAGAUCAAGUGUCCUUCUGGAAUUUGCAUUGACAAGAGUUAUCUGUGCAAUGGCGCGGACAACUGCGGCGAUGGUAGUGGGUAUGACGAGUCCGUGGAUUUUUGCGGGCACAUGGAAUGUCCCGGAUAUUCGUUUAGAUGUGGCACCGGUAGCUGCAUAUCAAAAACCCUGACCUGCAACGGUGAAAACGAUUGCUUCGACGGUUCAGACGAAGCUCCAAAGCUGUGCAACACCACUCUGCCAUCCAGGAUUGGACAGGACACGGUGACAACGGCUGUAAGUGGACCUACGAAACGAGGUUGUACCUUGCCGGCGGGUGAUGAACGGCCAAUUGCCAAGGACAAACAGAAUCGGAUUCUCACGGAUCCGUUACCACGCGGAUUCGUGUAUUUCUCCUGUGAAACGGGCUAUGUCCGUCAGGGAAACGAAAAAGUGUAUUGUUCCAACACAAAUGUUUGGAAUGACGAAGUCCCAAAAUGUGUGAAAUAUUGUACCAACAAGAAUAACGAACUUUACGGAUACUCCACAUCGGCCAGAUGUACCCUCAACGGCCAGUUGGUGAAUUGCAGCAAAACAUUGCACGAACCCGGCACGGAGGUCACCUUUACUUGCAAAACCGGAUUCAAUAAGCCUCUCUUUCCGUCCCAUAGGAUGCGCUGCGAGAAGGGCGGUAAGUGGAGCGGCGGACGGACUCCUUGUGUCCAGGAUUGCGGUGAAAUAGCCACGCCCAUAAAACCGUUCGCCUUCAACGGCGUCACGGUCAACAACACAGUGGUACCGUGGCAUGUGGGCUUGUAUGUGUGGCACACCGAAAAGUCCUACCACUUCCAGUGCGGUGGGUCAUUGCUCACUCCGGAUCUGGUUAUAACGGCGGCCCACUGCGUCUAUGAUGAAACUAGGCGGGAAGCCUACAGUACAGACACAUUCAAAAUAGUGGCGGGAAAAUUCUAUCGCAACUACGAUCAACAAACCAACGACGUGCGCAACGGCGUGAAAGUUAUAGAAAUUGCUAGGGAGUACAAUGGACGGGCGGCCAAUUACUUCCAGGACUUGGCUCUCCUGAGCCUGGAAACGCCAUUUGAGUUCUCCGACAUAAUCCGUCCCAUUUGCGUUCAUUUCGCCUCCUUUGCGGAAAAGGAGUAUAUUAAUAACAAAGUCGGACAAUUUGCCGGCUGGAGCAUCGAGGACGAUCACAAGUUGCAGUUUGUGACGGCAGAGUCGAAGGACAACUCGAUGUGCAAAAAAGAACUGCAGGACAUCCAGGCGGACAAGUUCUGUAUAUUCACACACGGAAAGUCCCUGGCCUGCCAGGGUGAUAGUGGCGGCGGAUUCACGGCGAAGAUCCAGACUGACUACUUUGCCAGGAACGCCUACCGGCAUCAUCUCUACGGUGUGAUUAGCAAUGCACCCAAUGCGGAUCAGUGUGCCACCAGUCUGACCGUGAUGACCAAUAUCCAGUACUUCGAUGACAUGAUCCAACGGGCGAUGGAUGAAAGCAGGACCAGAGCCUGAGGCCUCACCUAAAAGCUGUCUUGUGAUUAACCUACGAAUACAUAGUUAGGUCGUGCCAAUACGAAUUUAUUUUAAGAUUUUAAUAAAAGUAGUCCCAAAAAUUAGGAGUUUUUGGGAAAGGAGUA